AUGGGCAAAUUCGUCCCCCGACAACGAAAGCACAAGGUCAAAGAACGAGAAAGACGAGAAAAAGAGGGCACCUCGCAGGGUCCCGUCGUCGACUCCAAUGCCGUGGAGAUCAUCCCCACCGCGACAAGUGAACACGAGGAGAAGAAGCGGCGCAUGAGAGAGGAAAUCGAGGCGCAGGGACCUAAGAUCAGUGGAAAGAAGGCAAAGCGAUUAGAGAAAUAUCUGGAGACGAAGUUGAGGAAAGAUGAGAACCGGGAGCUUAUUGCGCGACUAGCAAAGGCACAAACGGAUACCAGUCUCUACCAGAGCAGCAGCAGACUAGGUCAAGGUCGCGAAACGAAGAGACAGAGACUCGAGCGGGCGUUGAUUGAACAUAAGGCUGGGAUUGAUGUCGACGGGAACAAUGACGAGCUUCUGUUUGAGAAGAGGACAUUCAGGGAAGCUGCGGAUGAGGACUCGGCGGACGAGGAUGUGGAAGAAUCGAAGACUGGAGGGAUUUUCAAGAUUCCAAUCACAGUGCCAAUCCAGCCGAAAAAACCUGUUGUCAAUCUUGGUGGAGGUCUUAAGAGACCUCUCGAGGUCGACGAAGCAGGAAAGCCUGUUCUGAAGAAGCGCAAACGAAGGGGAGGGGUCAAUUCUAAACUUUCAUUCAAGCAUGAAGCUCCUGAAGAACCAGAUUGGGAGGGUUUCAGCUCGGCUUCUGAGUUGAACAGCAAUACAGACAGUGGUGCUUCGAUACAAGGAUAUGACGAUAUAUCAGACGCUUCGGAUGACGAUAAAGAGAGCGAGCAAUCUUCGUCAGAUUCAGAUUCAAAGUCCGAAAGUGAGGACGAGGGCUCAGAUGAAUCGUCGUCGGAAGAAGAAAACGAGGAGGGAUCUCCCAAACCUCCAAGAUCAUCUGCUUUUAAGGCAUGGGCCAAUCAGCAAUUGAAUGAAGCUCUGGGUUACCAGACCGUCUCAAAUAUCCCGAAUGCGACAGAAACUCCGAAAAUAGCUGGUUUCCAGCCUAGAGCUCCUGAGCAAGAUCCUCUGCCUCUGGAAUUGCAAACGACAGCCAAUGACAGCCGGAAAGCCUACAGUGUGACGAUAAAUAGGACAUCAGAGAUUCAAGAUGUCAGACUAAAGCUUCCUGUUGUUGCUGAGGAGCAAAAGAUCAUGGAGUCAAUACACAACAAUAAUUUAGUAGUCGUUUAUGGCGCUACUGGAUCAGGAAAAACUACACAAGUUCCCCAAUUCCUUUAUGAAGCGGGCUACGGGACGAAGGACUCACCGACGCCAGGAAUGAUUGGAGUAACCCAACCACGUCGUGUGGCUGCUGUUAGUAUGGCGAAGCGUGUUGGCGACGAAUUGGGUGAUCAUGGAAAGCGAGUCGCCUACCAAAUUCGGUUCGAGGGUACCGUCGGAUCAGACACUGCCAUCAAAUUCAUGACCGACGGUGUCCUCCUUCGAGAGGUAGCUCAGGAUAUUGCGCUGCGGAAAUACUCUGCUAUCAUCAUUGAUGAAGCUCAUGAGAGAAGUGUCAAUACAGACAUUCUGGUUGGAAUGUUAAGUCGCGUUGUCAAGCUGCGCGAGGGAAUGGCCACGGAAGAUCCCUCGAUCAAACCGUUGAAGCUCAUUAUCAUGUCUGCGACCUUGAGAAUUACCGACUUCACCCAAAAUACGACUCUCUUUGCAAAGCCGCCGCCAGUCUUGCAAGCUGAGGGCAGACAAUACCCAGUUGUGAACCACUUUGCACGGAAAACGCAUCACGACUACGUCGAAGAUGCAUUCCGGAAAAUCAGCAGAGGCCACAAGAAGCUACCUCCUGGUGGCUUCCUUGUUUUUCUUACAGGUCAGAACGAGAUCACACAGUUGACCAAGAAGCUCAAAGAGGCUUUCCGAAUUGGUCAGACAGCUUCAGGUCCUCAGGUUAGAAUAUCUGGAAGAGACGCACCCAUGGAGGCAGAAGAUGUGGAUUUCGGGGAUACGAUGGAGGAUGCUCACGAUGAUUUCGAUGAAGACGAAGAGAUUGACAUCAAUCUCGAUGACGAGGAUUUCAAUAUUGAGGAGGAGGCGGAUACUGGUCCAACCAAGAUGCACAUUUUACCACUGUACUCGUUGCUUCCGACAAGGGAACAACUCAGAGUCUUUGAACCCCCUCCGGAAAACUCUCGCCUAAUAAUUCUGGCUACCAACGUUGCAGAAACGAGUCUUACAAUCCCAGGCAUUCGCUAUGUCUUCGACUGUGGAAGAUCUAAAGAGCGCAAGUAUGACCGGACAACUGGCGUUCAGAGUUUUGAAGUUGGUUGGAUCAGUAAGGCCAGUGCGAGUCAACGUGCUGGACGUGCUGGACGUACGGGACCUGGUCACUGCUAUCGACUGUACUCCUCAGCUGUCUUUGAACGAGACUUUCCAGAAUUUGCCGAACCAGAGAUCUUACGAAUGCCUAUUGAAGGAGUCGUGCUGCAGUUGAAAGCAAUGAACCUUCAACAUGUGGUCAACUUUCCAUUUCCAACGCCGCCGGAUCGCCAAAGUCUCGCAAGCUCAGAGAAACUUUUGACAUAUUUAUCGGCAUUAUCACCCACUGGGCAAAUCACACAGACUGGUUCAACAAUGUCAAUAUUUCCCUUGUCGCCUCGCUUCGCUCGUAUACUACUUGUGGGGCAUCUGCAUGACUGCCUACCAUACACGAUCGCAUUAGUUGCCGGCCUUUCUGCACCUGAUUUCUUCAUUCCCGAGAACCAGGUUGUAGCAGCCGCUCCCGUUAGAGAAGAGGACGCCUAUUUCACGAGUGCGGACCGCAUCGAAGAGGAUGUACGUCUGGAUAUCAGACGAAAGUUCAACAAGGCGCAGAAGGACUUCUGUUUCCUCGACGACAAAUCUGAUGCUAUUAAACUUCUCCAGGUGGUAGGGGAAUUCGCCCACGAGCCCACUGAAGAAUGGUGCAAGGAACAUUUUGUUCGUUUUAAGGUUCUGAAGGAGAUUCUGCAACUUCGCAAGCAAAUUACUGAUCUUCUUCGAACCAACAUCACAUCUUUUGCAGGUCUGAAAUUUCAAGACAAGCUCGACCCACCUUCUGCCAAACAGGUCAAAGCUCUCAAGCAGAUGGUAGCUGCUGGGUUCAUAGACCACAUUGCGAUGCGAGCCGAUCUGUCACCCCAUCCGCCAGAUGUGCGGCGCAAACCCAAUCGGGCCAUCGACGUACCGUACGUCACGCUGUUCCCCUCGCAUAUCAAGCGGCACGAUGAUGAGAAGGCGGUCUACAUUCACCCCUCAUCACCACUCGCACAUAUCAGUCCACAGGAGUGUCCCGAAUAUAUAGUGUACUCCUACCUCCAACGAGCCGCACCCGCAGCUGCAACGCCAGAGAAGGUCCCCAAGACCCGGAUGCACGCCUUGACAGACAUCACUGGCGGACAGCUCGCUGCGCUGGCGAAGGGGACCCCUCUGCUGCACUACGGCAAGCCAAUCAAAGAGGUGAUGCCGAAGAUGAAAGGCCAAGGAGACGCCAACGAGAGAGAGUGCUGGGUGAUCCCAUACUUGAGGGCCGAGGGGAUGGGUGGUAUCGGGUGGCCGUUACCCGCCAGGAAGGUUACGCAGAAGAAAAUCGCCGGACGAGGAUGGGUCGUCGAAUAA